AUGUUCUACGGCACAUUCAGUGAGCAGACCAACUCCAACGGCACAAAUGAGUUAGUUCUCAAAUCAGAGUCAUCACCAACUGGCCUUGUGCGGGUGGAUAACGCUACUUGGACCUGGCAACCAUGGUCAGAUUCAAUACGAGUCGCAGUCAUUAAAGUGGCACUACUAGGCCCGCUACUCACUACUUUUGUGCUGCUUGCUGUCGUUGGCAACAUCCUCGUCAUCCUGGCGGUACUACGAGAACGCCACCUUCGAGCCAGUCUAACCAACCGGUUUUUGGUGAGCUUGGCCUUUGCAGACCUCCUCUUGGGAAGUCUAGUCAUGCCGUUUGCAGCCAUUGUCGUACUCUUUGACGAGGUUUGGCUAUUCGGUGCCGACUGGUGCGACAUUUGGCAUGCACUCGACGUACUCAGCUCGACAGCCUCCAUUCUCAACUUGUGUGCAAUAGCCAUUGAGCGUUACUGGGCAACAGAAAAUCCAAUUGCCUACGCUUCUUCACAGAGGCGGCGCCAGUGUGUCGUCAUGUUUGCUGUAGUCUGGCUGUCGGCCCUAGGCAUCUCAUUUCCAGCAAUCAUAUGGUGGCGCAACACAGCCGACUACUCGUCAGGAGGACCCUGGGUCUGUAGAUUCACGUCCGAUCGCGUCUACCUGAUCUUUUCAUCGGUCGUCUCUUUCUACGCCCCGUUAGCCGUUAUGGUGGUGGUCUACGCUCGUAUCUACCAAACUGCCAGCCGACUGAUGCGCAGCUUCCGCGAAGGCACAAAAGUCAUCGGACCAGGGCCAGCAUAUUUCGAGUUGAAUUCAUCAGUCCGCCAAGCAGGCGCACUUUCUAAUCGGCCCAUCUUGGAUGCUCCACGAAGUAGCGGAAAAUAUCAUGGACUUGGCAUGCCUUCAUGCCGGCCUACCGGUCCGUCUCUUCACAAUGUUUGUGUCUGGUGUCUGUUCAUUUGCAGCUCCAGUUGCCAGGGCUCAGUCGAUAUGCCCUUCAACUGUUGCCUCAAAUGUCGCCGCCGGCGGCAGGUCUCAGUUCCAUGGAUGCCUCCACAAACAGCGCAGCCAGAAUUAAUGGUGCUCAGAGUGCACCGCGGAGGAUGUGGUACAGGAAAUUCUGACGCUUCCAUCAACAAUAGUAACAGUAAUUUUAAUUUGACUCGAUCCGUUGGUGAUGCGCAUAAGUCAGCAGGGCGAAACAGUUCCGGUCGGCGUAACAACCUUUUGAAGCAGGCAGGAGCAAAGUCUGCAUCGGAUAGAGGAUCAUAUUUCCCCUUUGCAGGUAAAAACUUUUUUCGAUCACCAGGCAGCCUCUUAUCGAGGACUAAUAGACAGUAUUGCGGUCGUUUAGGCCUGCCGAAGAUCCGGCUGGUCGGUUGCCAUGAGACGGAUGCAGAGGAAAAGCAGGCGAGGUCAGCUAAACGAAUGACAUUGCAUCCAGCCGACGUUGGUUUCCCAAGAUCGGCCGGUUGUCCACACUGCCUGGCUUCAGAACACUCCCUACCUAACAUGGAAUCUGGUAAAAUGAUGGCAUAUCUGGCGGCAGGCUUGUCCAACUACCCCAGUCAAGAAAGCAUUCUGGAAGCUCACGGAAACAUGCAUUCCAAUCAGCAUUCUCAUAGCACUUUGGGACAAGAGCAUAGUCAUGAACAACACCAGAACAGUGAACUUAUUCAUCACAUGCAGGAGUAUCACCAAAACCAGCGUCUCCUAUCUCGCCUGCGCCACUUUACCGUGAGCAAACGAAUCAGCAAGUUUGUUCGUGAACAGAAGGCCGCAAAGACAUUAGGAAUCGUGAUGGGUAUCUUUAUCUGCUGCUGGUUGCCCUUCUUCGUCUGCAACCUGCUAAUGGCAUGCCAACCGAAUCUAGCCAAGACGAGUCGAAUCUUUGCACACACCUGGAAUGUGGCUACGUGGCUCGGCUACCUGAAUUCCAUUGUCAAUCCGAUGGUGUAUGCACACUCGAUGCGAGAAUUUAGAAGAGCCUUCCUCAAUCUGCUCUGUAUCUGGCGAUUACGUGCUAGAAGUGGACAGGUUGCCAGAGGCGCCCAGCAUAAGGCAACCGCCUACGGUGGGUUUAAAGCAACCACACAAGCCUCGGGCAAGUCUACAUUCUACGAGCAGCAUCAUACGUCGGGGCAGACUAUGCGCUUGCCAACCCAGCUGCCGGCAAGUCAGUUUCCCAUCCCACUACUUCAAACGGCCAAAUGUCAUUCACACCGACUAUCCAAUUCCAUCAGUCGGUGUAAGCCUCAUCACUCGCAUCUAUUUCACUCACAUCCAGAGAUUGCGAGACAAGACAUCUGUCUGGUAUCUGCUGCUACGAACACCACUGGCCUCGCCGCACAGAAUCCCCCUCAUUCUAGUCAGAAAAAUCGUCAUCCAUUCUAUAAGCCCCGUUUUGAAGAGGUGAAUUUCGCUCAAUCCGCCUAUAAGCUCCAGAAUAGGGAUUCGACAAGCGCCAAACUGCACGCCACUUCCGAGUCUGGCAGUUUAUCCAUUUCUCGUUUCAGCGGACUGGCGAAACUGCGCUGGGCCUUUCUCAAAGACCAGGAACGUCGUCGAGUGAUACAGCGGCUGCGUCUGCAGCGACAUGCACAUCAGACAGCUAAUGGCGGUGGGAAUGACAAGCAAUCGAGACGGUUUCCAUAUGACUUGGGGCAAACAGGAAAUGUCAAGCAGCGCAAAGGUAGUUUCUGCAGCCUAAGACCAUGCCAGACAGUAUCAGCCGGCUUGGCUCAAUCAGACAUUCCGAUUAUCGUUUCAAAUCAAAGUUUUAUGCGGACAAUAUCCGAGCAGAACAUUAGUCUGUCAACUCAUUGCGCUAGAGACCUAUCUAGGCAGCAACCUUUACUUCUAUUCAAUGCCGGUGAGCCUGGGACGAACAACUUUCUACAGCUUUCCUCGGGCACUAUUGCUCAUGGAGUGCACAUGAAUUACAUGACGGCUAGCCCGACUUAUCAGCUGAGAAUGAGCCCUGACAAUCAAGACAAAUUCAGUCUUGUAAAACGAAUUAAAGCGAGUUUGGCUCGACAAAAAGUGAGUAUGUUCAGAAAGCAUCGGCAUGGAGAUCGGAGAGUAGGAGAAUUCGAUCGACGCAGCUGCAUCAGUGCCGAUGCCAGCCGAGCUGCGCACAGUGAAGGUGACAAUGAGGCCGAAUACAUGCAGCAAGCUACAAAGUUCCAUGCCAAUGAAUCAUAUUUCACUGUUCUGGCCGGCCUGUUGAUUCUGCCAAACUCUCAUUUUACAUAUUCCGAUUCGAAUACAAGUCGAAAUAUAAGUGGUAUCCAUUUGACUGAAGCAUAUACUCCAAACACUGGUGUUGCAAACCAUUUAGUCAUGAAAAAUAUCAUCAAGCAAGAUGACGUAAUCCCUGCCAUAGCUGAGCAGUUUGGCCGCCGAGCGAGUCAAUCGAUGCCAGAGGACCUGGGCAAGAUGGGUGUGAAUUUUAUCCUCCCAAACCCAACAAAAUUGAGCAAAGAAAUUCCGUCACUUUUGUGCAAGGAUUAA